AGUCUGGCGCUCUCCGCUCCGCUCGCCGCGCAGCUUUUCUUCUCCACCUCCUCGAGCUCAAAGUGUCCGGACCAACUCCAAUACUACAUUCCCGAGGACAACUUUAUCUGCGGCUCGUGAACUUCCCACCUCUCCAGAGCUGAAGGGACGCUCGGAGAACACCUGGACACGCGUACUUCCUGGUUAUAUAACUUUUUGUUGCACUUGAGCGAGUCCCUCACAUUCCAGAGACUUUGACUCCGGACGGACUUCGAAUUCGUCUUUUCAAACCCGUUUUUUUUCAUAUAUCUUUUUUUUUAAGUAGAUCAAAUACGCGCACUGCGUUUUUUUUGCACAACUCUGCGUUCGUCUUGACUGUGCGUGUGUUUAUUUUUUACCACGUGUAGCCUUAAGUUAAGUCACUAAACAGGCAGCGAUGGCAAGUGUUACGUCCCUGGAUGCGGUGAAGAGGAAGAUCCAGUGUUUGCAGCAGCAGGCCGACGAGGCUGAGGACCGGGCUCAGGUCCUACAGAGAGAGCUGGACAGCGAGCGGGAGAGCCGGGAGAAAGCCGAGGGUGAUGUAGCAGCGCUGAACCGUAGAAUCCAGCUGGUGGAGGAGGAGUUGGACCGGGCCCAGGAGAGGCUGGCCACGGCGCUGCAGAAGCUGGAGGAGGCUGAGAAGGCUGCAGAUGAGAGCGAGAGAGGGAUGAAGGUGAUCGAGAACCGAGCGAUGAAGGAUGAGGAGAAGAUGGAGAUCCAGGAGAUGCAGCUGAAGGAGGCCAAACACAUCGCGGAGGAGGCUGACCGCAAAUACGAGGAGGUGGCUCGUAAGCUGGUGAUCCUGGAGGGGGAGCUGGAGCGAGCCGAGGAGAGGGCCGAGCUCGCGGAAUGCAAAGCCAGCGACCUGGAGGAGGAGCUGAAAAAUGUGACCAACAACCUGAAGUCCUUAGAAGCCCAGUCUGAGAAGUACUCAGAAAAAGAGGACAAGUACGAGGAGGAGAUCAAGGUCCUGACUGACAAACUGAAGGAGGCUGAGACCCGUGCAGAGUUUGCAGAGAGGACAGUGGCCAAACUGGAAAAGUCUAUUGAUGACCUGGAAGAGAAAUUAUCAACUGCCAAAGCGGAGAAUGUGAACAUUCACAAAACCCUGGACAUGACCCUGCUGGAACUGAACAGCUUGUAAAGGCAGGGAGAAGAAGCUGGAGAGGACGAGGGUGUCAUGUAACAUUCCAUUAAAUGUUCGACUCCAUUCCACAUUUUGGCUGUUAAAUCUUUAUUCCCAGCAUAAAAGGGGAUUAAUUUAAUGUGUAUCCCUCAAAGGCACAAUUUUCUCUUUUGUAAAGAUGGGUAGUCGUUUUAAAUCCAUCGCGUUUUUUUUUUAAUCUGCAAAUGAUUGCGGGAAUUUUUCUCCAGAAAUUAUUUUUGACCAUAUGUUUAGAAGAAACUGGCAAUUUAUAAACACACCUCAGACCUAGUCACUCAACCACAUAUACAGCCUCAUUAUUGUGUCUCAUUAUUUUAACUGCUGGAACUGAAUUGGACUCUGUCCAUACAAUCGUGUCUUAGAAGUGCCGCCCAGUGGUGAUGUGACGUCGCCCAGCAUUUUCAUGUUCCACCACAUUAGGUGGCUACGGGUUAGCAGAUAUCCAGCUAAUCCUGUUUUAUCAGUCCCCUGUUUGUGUUCAAACAUCAUGACGGUCCGCUGGACAGGUGACGUGGAACGUGUCAUUCAUAGAUACGUUAAGGCACACGCUGCUCAGUCACUUCAGGCUCAUUUACAUUUGGUGAAAGAGUAAAGACUCCAGUCACGUUGUUUUGAGGCCUACGAGUCUUUACACUGCCUAAUUCUUCUUCUACUAUCCGUUUGGUGUUGGAAUCGGUGCUGAGAGCUGAAGCAAGCAGAUAAUGAGCAUCAUAUACCCGGACUACCUUUCCUUAAGCUUGACCUGACCACUGACACCUUCUGUGUCAUUGCCAGCAAUAUGCCACAAUGUAGCCAAUAUUUACCAGAGUUACAAUAUAAUGUCUUAAGAAUCCCAAACCACUGGAAACUCAGUCAAGUUUUAUCAACCAUGGAUACUUCUUGUAUAUAGUAGAAUAAUGUUAGGUAUGUGCUUUGAUUUUUUUUUUGUUGAAUUACACCACUUCCAAUCGCCAGGGGAACUCUCGAGACCAAAGAACGCACACAACAGGCAAUAAAUCCAUGCAAUAUUUUAUUCUUUCUUUGUGACGAUCGUCGUGGUUUCACCUCACGCCAGGGCCAUGAUAGCGCCUCAAAUUUGAGACCAUUUAAAAAUAUUUCAUUUGUCACAUGCCCAACUCUAUGUCAUCCUAAUAAAUGUUUUACAGAA